CGUGCUACGCAAAUCGAGAAAAGCAAUGGUUCCGGGAUAUUCUAACACCACAAAAAUGGUGUUCGUGUGAGGUAGUUGAUUCAUUGGUCAUGUUCGUGUGUAAUAAGCUCAAAUUGCGACCGAACUUAUGUCGUCGCAAGUUCACCACUGGUGACGUAUUGAUUUCAAACUUCCUCAGAAGCACCGACGGUGUCUAUGUCAUGAUGCAAUCACCUAACGUCAUUGCUUCGCGGGUUGCAUCGGACUAUGAUUGGGAGGGAAGAGCAUGGUCUAUGCUAAGCUACAUCGAUGGUACUCACUCUGACAAUGAUACGCGGUGGAUGGAUGUCGAUGCAGUAUAUCUACCGUACAACAUCGGUGGAGUGCACUGGAUAGUGAUUUGUAUCGACUUCGAUGAGGGUGAGCUCAUCGUGUGGGACUCCUUCAUGAACAUGACACCAUUACCGCAGUUGGAACAGGAGUUGAAGCCAAUGAUCACUAUUAUCCCGACACUUAUUUGCAGGGUCGGGGUUCAUUUAUAUAAACCGAACAUACCACUCACACCAUGGCGCAUCCGUAGAGUCUCAUCAGCACCCCAACAAGGGAUGGAUGGUGAUUGUGGUAUAUUUUGUAUAAAUUUUUUUGAAUAUGAUGUGACUUCAUGUAGCUUUGAUACAUUAACGCAGUCUAGGAUGUCAUUUUUUAGACGGCAAUUUGCCGUUCAGCUUUGGGCGAACAAGUCUAUUAUGUAAACCAUACAUUUGUAAUAGUUUUCGAAUCGUAUGAAUGUUUGUAAUACAUUUGUAAUGGAUGGAUGGUGAUUGUGACA